AUGAAAGAUCAGACAACCAAGAGGGUGGCGAUCGUGACAGGGGCUAAUAAGGGGAUUGGAUUAGAAAUAUGCAGACAAUUAGCUUCUAAUGGAAUCACAGUGAUAUUAACAGCUAGAGAUAAGGAGCGUGGCGUUGAAGCAGUUGAGAAACUUAAAACCUUUGGACUUUCAGAUGUAUUUUUCCACCAACUUGAUGUCAUGGACCUUGCUAGUGUUGCUUCCUUGGCAGACUUUAUCAAGACACAAUUCGGGAAGCUUGACAUACUGAUAAAUAAUGCAGCAAUUACCGGAGCAAUAUUCGAUGAGAAAGGUCUAGAAACUUUAAAAUUUGGGUUUGAUGCGGUUUUUGGUGCCAAGGCUAAAUUGCUUAAGGAAUGUACUAAGGGAGGCUACGCGGAGGCAGAAGCUUGUCUAAGAACAAACUAUUAUGGUGUUAAGCAAGUGAUAAAAGGACUUUUACCUCUUCUCCAGCAGUCAAAUUCAGCCAGAAUUGUAAAUGUCUCCUCCUCAUUGGGGCAGCUGCAGUUUAUGUCCCAUGAAAGAGCUAAGGAGGAGUUAGGAAAUAUUGAUGGGCUUACAGAAGAGAAAGUGGACGAGGUGGUGAAGGAAUUUUUGAAAGACGCAAAGGAGGGUUUGCUGGAAAUUAAAAGUUGGCCUAUAAAUUACUCUGCUUACAUGGUCUCCAAAGCAGCUCUUAAUGGCUUCACUAGAAUUUUGGCGAAGACAUAUCCCAAUAUUGCCAUAAAUGCAGUGUGUCCUGGAUUUGUAAAAACAGAACUAAAUUAUAACUCUGGGAUAUUGACUGUUGAAGAAGGUGCAAAAGGUCCUGUGAAGUUAGCUCUCAUGCCUAAUGGUGGCCCCUCGGGCCUUUUUUUUAGUGGCACGGAAGUAUCAACCUUUUAAUAGAUGAAAUGUGGUAAAUUUUAGAAUGAUGGUUUAAAUAUCUAUGUAUCCAUAUGGCCAUAGAGGAGAAAUAAAGCUCAACGCCACUAGUUUUUAUUUUUCAUGUGCCUUAAAAGCUUAGUCGUCGUCAGUGUGUGUGUGUGUGUGUGCACGCA